UACAAGGCCCCCAGUGACUGAAGCAAUCAUUUGUUUUAAACGUGCUGGUGAAACAGCCUCUCUCGUUCGGCAGCUGUUCCCUCGACGCGCCGCCAUGACGCACAUCGCUCCUCUUGUCACCGUCAUUUUCACAUCAUCACUCCUGAGAUGGACGGCUGCGGACGCCUCGGUCCUCUGUGCCUGGACCAAAGUUUUGCCCAACGAAGACGUGCACUACAGUUUUCUGCUGCAGAGCUCUCCAUCUCCGCGGCUCUACCACAGCGCCUGGUCCGGGGAGCGCACGCUGCUCCGCUGCGCCUGGAGCGACGACGCAUCAGUGAUCCGGGACUAUUUCUCCCUGUGCCAGGAGCGCGCGCGGGGGUUUUCCGAUCGUCCGGAUGAAAGUUUCGACCUGGGCUCUAUGUUUGGGGCCGAGGAGCGGUGCGUCUCUCUGGCCUCUCCAGGGGUGGCCGAGCUCGGGGGGCGCACAGGGAAAAGGCUGGUGAGGAGCGUCGGUGGUCUCCCGGCGGCUGACAGUAGUCAAGGUCAAGAUGAAAGGUCAGACGUCAGGACUCAUCAGCGUGUAAAGCGCGGCUUCAUUGUACCCGGCACUCUCUGGUGCGGCUCUGGCAACAAGGCGCCAUCCUAUGCAGAUUUGGGGGUUUUUGAAGACACGGACAGCUGCUGCAGGGAACACGACCAGUGCAAACACACCAUCCUGUCCUUUCAGUCAGAGUUUGGUGUCUUCAACAGCAACAUCUUUACCAUGUCUCACUGUGAAUGUGACAACAAGUUUCGCAGUUGUCUCAUGGAGGCGAAUGACAGCAUAUCCGAUGUAGUGGGAUACACCUUCUUCAACCUGCUGAAGAUGCACUGCUUUGAGUUCUCCCACCGACUCCAGUGUACACAGAGAAACUGGUUUGGGAUGUGUAAAGAGACUAAAAUGGCUCUGUAUGCUGAGGUCCAUCCGCCCAUAGUGUACGAGUCUACCAACCCAACAGAGGCCUGCAUUAACAGUACCAGCUCCAUCAUCAAUACAACCAGACCUGGAGAACACCCGGAGAGCAGCACGUCAGACCCACAGGCCUUCUCCAUCACUGCUGCUGCAUCCACAGUCCCUACACCUUCAACGAGUUCACCCUCAGCCUCCGUCCCGCCUGUUGCCAGUGUCACCACCUCCACAGUCACAAAUACAUCGGAGAGACCUACAGGAUCAGUACCUGAGAGACGAUAUGAUCUGGAGAGCACUUCACCCUUCAAAAACCAAACUGUGACUGAGCCGAACGCUGAUAUCACAGAGAUGCAGCCGUCUUGUGAUAUCUAUAAGGAUCUGGAUGUGUGCAGGGAAAAGAUCCCUCCCCAGCAGAGGAGAUACGGCCUCCACAACCUAGAGCCCAGGACGCUGUACCACUGCAACUGUACCGCCGGAUUAUAUCAGACUUUGGUUAAACAGAGACAACUGACCGAAGUACAGGCUCUUCUGCUGGGACACGUGUCUAAAUCUUGCCUACUGACGCAGGACUGCACAGCAGGAAAAACCUGUACCGCAGCUCUGGUGGAGGCAGAUAUUCCCCAGCUGGACCAGAGGAGCGGUGCAGAGGUGGGGGAGCAGCGCCAUCUACAGACUUUUUAGAUGAGAGGAUUGACACCACUCUGACGUCUGUACGACAAAUAUGAAGACGGACUAGCAUAGAGGCUGGAAGCAGGUGGAAACAGCUGUCGGUGUUCAAAAGGAACAAAAUCUGUUGCAUCUCAUUUAUUUUAACCCCUACAAAAACUGAAGUGCAAAAAACGACAGGUUGUGGGUUUACCGAGGUUGUGCGGUGAACUAUUUCCCGGCCGGAGGCAGUGACUUCCUUUAAUCGCCGCGAGUUCUCCGGGCAAACGGCAGAGACUCCUGCACAUAAAACCCCACAAAACCACCGUUUGUUUUUGUUUUUUACAUGGACAAAUCAAACAAGAUAUAACAUGUUAGCUAGUGAGCUUUACAGAUGCUGGUCGGUUUGGUUUCCAGCCUUUAUGCUAAGCUAAGCUAACUCCCUCCCGGCCGCAGCUUCCUGGUUAACGGACACAUACGGUGAGCCAGUGGUAUCAACCUUUCCGACUAUAAAAAGGUGACUGAGCAUAUGUUUCCAGACAUGUUGACCUAUUUACCCAGAGUGUAAAAGUCUUAAAAGUUUUUAAAGGUCGGGGGACAUUUGCUUCCUGCCAUGUAGACUGCAAAUGUUACGUGUGUUUUAAUUAUUUAUUGUU